AUGGAAAUGAAAUCUAAAUCUGUAGAGAUAAGAGAGAAAAUUAGGUUUAGUGGCAUGUUGCGUAAAUAAGUGGAUUCAUAAUGGGUAUAUUGGAUUUUUUAUCAGAUUUCAAAUUUAAAAUAAAUGAAAAUGAAAUGAAUUAUAGAUGAGGAGUAUCUGAGAAUUUUUUUUUUCCAACUAAGAAUACCGGAGCAAUUGAUUCUAGUUCGAUCCAUCUAAAGUUAUAAUCUUUGUGUACUUUUAAACCUUGUGGUUAUCAAGUAGAGACAGUUCUUUAAACCUUGUGGUUCAUAGUCUUUGUCUAAAGAACAAAAAACCCUAAAUAAUAUGUGGACACUUCACAAGGUUAACUAUUUUUUUUAAUGGGUCCCUUGCUUUGUGGACUCCGUGGCUAUGUAUAUUUUUCUUAAACACACGACACAAUGUAUAUGAGUCCUGAAAAAAUCUCUCACACUAUAAAUAAUUACAUUGUUAACUAAAAUUUGUUUUUAUGGGCCCUUUACCUUGUGGGCCCUGGGCGGUGCAUCCAUUGUCACUUUCUCUAAGCCGGCCCUGAACGACGCAUGUACUCUAUUGCACUAUUACUAUAUAUCUAGAAACAUAAUUUAUUGAUAUUAAAGAACUUUCGAUAUUUCUAAAGAUAUAUCUUUGACCCGAUACUUUUUGGCAACUAGUAAAAGUUAUUAGUCAAAACUCAUAUCCGUAAAUAUAUUUAUGAAGUAUUUGAAUAUUUUCACCCAUAUAUACUUUAUACGUAUAAGAUUUAUAAGUUAAGAAAAACACACUAGUUCAAACCAAAAUAAAUAAAGAUUAAAGUUCUCACCAAGUGUUUGAAAAAGUUGUUGAUGGCUGGUGAUCAAAUCAUGCAUGCACAACCUGAAGUUUUAGCUAUUGAUGAAACCAAUAACUAUUUGAACAAUAAAUUAUGGAAGUUAUGUGCCGGACCUCUGUUUGAUACUCCAAAAAUUGGAGAUAAGCUAGUUGCCUCUAUGGACGACGAACUUUGUCAACUAAAACCAAUUUUUGAUAUUCCUUCAAAAAUUUGUUGUAAUGUUUUUAGUAUCAAACUUAAGGUAGAGACCAAUACUAAUGAAAUUUAUGCAGAAGUUUCUUUGUUGCCUGAUACAUCUGAUGUUGAAAUCCCUAUUCCCAAAACCGAAAACAAUAUACAAAACAUUAACUAUUUCACCAAGGUGUUAAGUGCUUCUGAUACCAGCACAAAUGGUGGUUUUGUUUUGUAUAAAAGACAUGCCAUUGAAUGUCUUCCCCUGUUGGAUGUGUCUCAGCUAACCCCAAGUCAAGAGAUAAUUGCUAAAGAUAUCCAUGGUCAUGAAUGGAGUUUUAAACACACUUUAAGAGGUACACCAAAAAGACAUCUUUUCACAUCUGGUUGGAAUGAGUUUGCAAAAGGAAAAAAAUUGGUUGCUGGAGACUCUUUUGUGUUCCUUCGAGGAGAGAAUGGAGAAUCGCGAGUUGGUAUCAGUAAAGCAGCUCAUCAGCAACGCAACAUACCAACAUCUUUAAUUUCAAAACAGAGUAUGCACCAUAGUGUGGUUGCUACUGCACUGAAUGCUAUUGAAAACAAAUGUAUGUUCGUUGUGUUCUAUAAGCCAAGGUCGAGCCAAUUCAUUGUCAACUUCGAUAAAUUUGUAGAUAGAGUGAAUAAUAAGUUUAAUAUAGGCUCCAAAUUUUCGAUGAAGUUCGAAGGAAAAGAUCUAAAUGAAAUAAGAUACAAUGGAACAAUAGUGGGAGUGAGAGAUUUCUCCGCUCAUUGGAAGGAUUCAGAAUGGCGAAGUCUAGAAGUGCAAUGGGAUGAAGCUGCAACAAUUCCAAGACCUGAUAAGGUAUCUCCAUGGGAGAUUGAGCUGUUAACACAUUCAUCAAAUAUUUUCAAGUCAGAUACUCUAAAACAUAAACGUCAACUCGAAGUACAUGAGUUUGGUUCAAAAAUGUGGGUUCCUACAAUCUACAAUGAGCGAAUGGUUCAAGCAAUGAAAGAACCGUCAACCACAACCGCAACUACUAGCUGCAGACUGUUUGGAGUUGAUCUAAUGGUUCCCGCUAUAACAAAGGAUCCAGUGGAACCUAUUGUCUCAAACAAAAAAUGUAAGAUUUCUAAAAUAUUUGAAGACGAAAAGGUUGACCAUGUCCAAGCUAAAAGUCGUACUAAGGUUCAUAUGGAAGGUGUCAUAGAAAGGACUGUAGAUUUAACUAUAUUUGAUGGAUACAAUCAGUUGAUCGAUGAACUAGAAAGACUCUUUGAUAUCAAAGGCGAGUUGCAUAUGCACAAUCAAUGGAAAAUGUUUUUCAUAUAUAAUGAUGGAGAUAUGAUGAUUCUUGGAGACGAUCCCUGGCCAAAAUUUUGCAAUAUGGCUAAGGAAAUAUUCAUAUGUUCGAAAGAGGAUGUCAAGAUAGGGAUAGCAAAUAACAGAUUCUCCGAAGGUGAUCCAGCAUUAACAACAACAAUCUUACCACCAGAUGUCAACAACACUUAGAGAGAGUUUUGAUUUUAAAAAUUAAAUGUUGCUUGUUUUUAUUAUAUAUUAAAUAAAAGGGUUUGAAAUUUGUGUAACUUAAAAAUAUAUUAUGGAGUGUUUUGGUAUUUGAUGAUUGGUGUCUUGUCUACCGGUUGAAGUUUUAAAUGAAACAAAUAUCUUCUUUUUUUCUUCUUUUUAAUCUUUUGUCGACUUGUUUAGUAUUGUGCGUGUAUGUCUUUUUGGUAUUACAUAUGUUAUGGAAUGUUUUGGCAUUUAAUACUGGCGUGUAAUCACUCUUCUCAAGAACUCUCUGCCAGAGGUAACUUGAAGAAUUAACUCGGUGGAUAUGACUUAUGUAAGGAAAAUCAGAAAUGCUACUCCCAAAACUACUUUCACAGCUUCAGAGACUUGGAGUCAUCUUCAGGUUCAGCUUCAUGUUGUUCAAUGGCA